GUUAACUUUAAUUAUUGUCAAUAUACAAAAUACAGACGUCAAAAACGUGUUCAAAAUGAGAAAAAUCAUCGUAAAAAAAUCACUGAUGGUUUUAAUAUACUUCGAGAACUGAUUCCCUUUGG